AUGGUGGUCUGUUCCUUUUUAUCCUUGCAGUGCUCCAAGCACGGAAAGACUCCUCUGGAAGCGGAGUUGCGUCGCCAGCGGAAUGCCCUCAAGGCCAUCGACCAGUUCGUCCGCAGCAUUCAGAAGUGCCUGAGGUAUUGGGACAGGAGCGGGAAGUCACUGCGGAGUGGGAUCACCGGGUACUUCUACGACAAGCCAGCCUACCAGAGGCCAGUUGAAGAAAUAACCUCCGCUUUGAAGCCGCAACUGGAACUGAUCAAGAAGGCAAAUACAGAUGCUGCAAAGUCGAUAGCUAAGGUUGAGAAGGCGAGCCGGAUCAAGAAGGAUGCAGAAAAGAAGCUACUAAAGAAAGAAGCGGUGAGGAGCUGCAGCACCAUGGACUACUCCGUUGUCAUAAAUUUUUGCGCGGUUGAGAAAACUCUUUUUUAUAUUGUGAACUUCAUUAGUGGUUAUCAAGGGCGACUGACAGCUCUGCAGAAGCACCGCGGAACCAGUGCACCAUGGAAUGCCUGGCCGUCGUUUUUCGUUUUCCAUAAAAAAUCACAACUACACCGAACGUUUCUGCCUCAGGGUUUAAGAAAGCUGCAACAGAAGGCAGAAAGCGGGAAGGACCCGCAGGCUGCCCAGAAGGCCGAAGAUGAAGUGCAAGUGGCGCGCAAUCGUCUACAAAUGGCCGAGGCAGAACUUGCGAGAGAGAUGCAACAAACAAUGAACGGCAGUGCCCCAGAAGCCGCCAUGCAAGUUGCACGGGCUGUGGAAGCGAUGAUUCUCUUCUUGGCCGGUUCCGGAGUGGACGUGGCGGCUGUGCGGGCCUCCAUUCGUUUGCUGGAAGAGACUCAAUACCUCUCUCCUCUUGCGCACCCUGGACAAUGCUCGCAGCAGCUGGUGCAGCAGCAGUCUGUAACCAGCAAGUCAGACAGGCUGCAACAGGCCAACAGCCCGCGAAGCACCAGUCCAGCCGAGCCUAUGAAAAGAACAACUUCGCAAGCAUCGCGCCCGCCUAGCCCGUCAGAGCAUGACUCACAGCAGCAAACCCCAAGGCAGCCCGUCACAAAGGGAGAGAGUCACCAACAACUCGCAGCAACUACGUCAAUAGGAAACCUUAACGACGCAAAUCGACUCCAGGCGUCGAACACAAACCCCUUCGCCUCCGAUUGA